AAGGUGUAUAUAAAUCUUGGCAAGUGCCUCAGAGCAGAACACUAUACUCACAACAAACUUUACAUAAGCAAUCACAGAGUCGUUAGUUUCAAGGUUGGGAGAGAUAUGGCCGAGGAAGUGAUCAUAUCUUUCGCCCAAAGACUGGGUUUGAUGGUGCUAGAAAAAUACAAAUUUCUAUAUGGGGUGCAAGAGCAGGUUGUGUCUCUUCGUGAUGAGCUCCAAUGGAUCAGUUCCUUUCUAAGGGACGCAGAAAUGCAAGGUAAAAAGAAGGAGAGAGUGGAGAUAUGGGUGAGCCAGAUCAGAGACCUUGCUUAUGAUGCUGAGGAUGCCCUUGACAUUUUAAUCCUUAAUGUAAUGCGGCCACGGAAGAGAAACCUAAGAUGGUUAAUCAAUUAUCCCGCCCGACUUAUUACUCUUCACAAGAUGGGCAGCCAGAUUGGCAGCAUAAACAAGAGGAUCGAAAGGAUUUCAACUUACAAAUCAAGGUAUGCCAUUGAUAAUUUAGAGGAUGAAGAGUCUUUGGGCAAAGAUGUGGCAUCAUUGAAUGAGAGGAUGAGAUCAUCAACCCCGAAUUAUGUGGAGGAAGAUGAUGUCGUUGGCUUCGAUAGUCAGUCAGAUACAGUGGCUAAAAUGUUGUUGAAAGAAGAAGGAGAAGGAGAAGAUUCGUCCUCACAAGCAGUAGUUCAUGUUGUUUCAAUAGUUGGGAUGGCUGGUGCAGGUAAGUCCACCCUUGCUCACAAGGUCUACAAUGAUGUGAAAUUUUAUUUUGAUUCUUGUGGUUGGAUAUAUGUCUCCUCAAAAUUUAAGCCAGAAAGUCUCUUGCAAAGCAUCAAGAUGCAAAAUCAUGAGAGGGAAGAUAUGGAGAAAUUAUUAGUAGUGUUUGAUGAUGUAUGGAAGAAAAAAGAUUGGGAUAUAUUAAAAAAUAAUGUCCUAAAAAAAAUCAAAACCACAGAUGGUAGGGUGGUAGUAGCCGAAUAUGCUAAUAAAGACUUAUCAUCGAUGUAUAGAUAAUACCUACCACAUAAAACAAUUGGAAGAAGAGGACAGUUUAAUGCUCCUGAGAAGGAAGGUUUUCCCGAAUUAUAUGAAUAGUUUCCCUCGAGCACUGAAGACAGCAGCAAAGAAAAUUGUCGCCAAAUGCGCUGGUUUACCGCUUGCAAUUGUUUUAUUGGGUGGUCUCUUGUCAAGAAAGCACAAGACAGCUAAGGUGUAUUAGGGAGCUACAAAUAACUGAAUUGAACAUGGACGACAGAUUUGGAGAAAGAUUAUCUAACUCCAUUCUCAACUUUAUACACCUUAGGGAGUUAGAUAUUAACUGGAAACAAGGCAAGCUACAAUUUCCAGAUUCACUUUCACACCAUGUUCAACUCUACAAAAUGAGAUUGUCAGGAGUGAUCGAAAUGUUACCAGAGGAUCCUAAUGUUUUUCAUCCAAAUCUUAAUGAGUAGAGUUAUCUAACUCGGGUCUAAAGCAGGAAGACCCUAGCAGCAUUAAAGAAUCUGAAGUUACUCAAGCUCCGUCAUAACAGUUUAUUGGGAAAACAGAUGGUGUUUCCUGCGAAUGGGUUUCCUAAUCUUAUACACCUGGAUCUUUCAUUUAUGAAAGACUUGGAAGAAUUUAUGGUGGAGGAAGGGUCAUUCCCAAAGCUCAACUAUCUAAGUCUUGUCAGUUUAGACUGCCUAAGGGAGUUACCGGACGGAUUGAGAGAAGUCACCACUCUUGAGAAGCGUUAUUUACUUGGUAUGCCACCAAAAUUCCAAGAAAAAAGGACUGAAAAUGAUGUUGGAGAUGAUUGGCCUAAGAUCAACCAUAAACCAUCCAUUAAGUUUGGAUUAGUCCAAUUCGCACUGCUGGAUCUCCUUUUCUGAGAAGAUGGAUGGUCGUAAUAAGAAUUUAAGAGGACUCUUCAAUCAAGUCCGGUAAGUUUAAUUACAAUCCCUUUUCUUUCCUUUUCCCUGCCCCCUCCUUCAUUUAUCUUUCAUUUUUUCUUUCAACUUGGAAAGGGCUUUUACAUCCAAUUUAAGGGUGCAACAAGACUGGAUAUAUAUUUUGAAACCUCAGUGCAACCCUAGGUCGUCCCUAUAUAUAACUUGGUCUAAGCCAGUCUUAUUUGGAUUAGCUCAGCCCAGCUUGGCUCUAAUCAACCUUGAUUAGCCCAGAUCAGACUGGGUUUGCCUUGAUUGACCCUCUCUUUCUCUCCCUAAAUGAUUGGUGUUAUGUUUGAAGCAUGCCCACUAAAGAGAGACACAUUCCAGACAGAAAUUUUUUUUCCAUAUAUCUAUUCCAUCUGGUUUCUUCAAUUUCUGAAUAUUAGAAACACAGUUUUUUAUGCUUUUACCUUGUAUAAAUACAUGGGAAAAUAGUUUCCAGGGAGGAGUGUGGCCCUGCACCUAGACACAUAGCCGAAAGGGCGGCGGGAGGGGAUAACCAGCCCCCUCCCCAUGAAAUAGAAACUAACGUCUUUGUUGAUGCUUCAUCCUGUGCUUUCAUUAAUCUAUAUAUACUCUCGCAGGAGCCACACUCCUCAUAACAAACACUUUCAUUAAAUACAUAUUUCUCUUUUAAUUUGUUGUGCUAAUGCAGACCUUAUCAAUGAAGUGCCAACGUCAAAUCCAGCUUCUUUGCGUAGGUGGAUAUUGUUUUGGGACUAUUGAAAGUUGGUUUCUUUGACUGCCCCUCUUCUCUUUGCCAGUGGAAGGGCAUGGGUUGUUGGAACAGUGUCUGUCUUUUGAACAGCUUGAAAUAAGUUCCACGUAUCAUUUUAGACAUCUUAGACUCAUAUUUGUAAUAAUCUUUCUUUCCCUCUCUCUGUUUUCCCUUAAUUUGUGUGGUCUUACAUGUAUGUGUGUAUGACACUUUUAACGUUUUUACUGGGUGGCUAUUUUCUAUUUGAUUUUAGAUGUCAGGAACUUAAUUAGUUUUGUAUUUUGCUUCUGUUAAUCAUGUUUAGAUGA